AUGGCAGAGGGACAGCUUGCUUAUCACGAUAAUGGGGCGGAACCAUUCAAAAGCGCUGUAUGCUUAGUAGGCGACGGUGCCCCCGACUUACUGAUGCAUCGUCACGACAUGGUGAUCGCUGUUGUUGGGAAUGGAGAAGAGAAAACUCAAGCGCUGCACCUGCAAAAUAUCCGCGAGGAUACGCUUUCUGAGGCCAAAACCGCCAUCGGUAGAUUCCUUGACAACUACGAAUCGCUAGAGGAUGGUGGCAGUAUUCAAAAUACGGUCUUCCAGAACUUUGCUCGGGUUUGCGAUCAACUGAACAAAGUUGCUGAGGAUAUUGAGCAUGGAGUCGAGCAGGUGGAGCUGGAGUUGAUCAAUAUACAAACCGACAGCUUCGAGUAUCCGAAGAGAGUCAAAGACACGACGCCCGGGAAUUUCAACCCAGUUUGUGAGAUGAUUGCUGCCUGCAGCGAAUUUCGGGACUUGGUCGAUUCAAUCAUGUCGAAAGCAUGCGAUAAUGCUUGCGACUACCGCCCUGAAAGAGAUGGGGAGAUAUGGAUGGCGAACUCCUAUCCAUUCCACCAGUAUCUUCGAAAGUAUCUUGGAGAGCAGGCCGAAAGUCGGGACCUCACGUUCUAUUGGGAGACGCGCGUGAACAAGAGCUCCAGUGAGCAGAGAACAUUCCAUGUGCCUUUUCAGGACGAUCCUGAGUGGGAUGGCUGGAUCUACCUAUGA